GACAUAUAGAGUGACAUUCAGCCGGAUUCUGCAGAUGAAAUUAAUGACUUGGAUCCAUUUCUAUCAACUUCAAGAAAAUCACAGAUGGAGCGUGGUGGAGGGGCUGCUAAAAAGGAAAAUGUCUGUCAGUUGUGUGAGAAACCUGGGGAGCUGCUUCUCUGUGAGGGGCAGUGUUGUGGGGCCUUCCAUUUAAAGUGCCUAGGUUUAACCAAGAUGCCUGAAGGAAAGUUCAAUUGCAGUGAAUGUACUACAGGUUUUCACACCUGCUUUGUGUGUAGACAGAAUGGUGAGGAUGUGAAGCGAUGUCUCAUGCCAUUAUGUGGGAAAUUUUAUCAUAUGGAGUGCAUUGAAAAGUAUCCCACCAGCGUAGCAUUGAACAAAGGAUUUCGCUGUUCACUUCACGUCUGUCUAUCUUGUCAUGCAUGCAAUCCUACAAAUCCAAGGGCAACCAAAGGUCGAAUGAUGCGCUGUGUGCGGUGCCCUGUUGCAUACCAUGCCAAUGAUAAUUGUCUCGCAGCAGGAUGUGUGGUCUUGGCUUCAAAUAGUAUUAUCUGUACCAAUCAUUUCACUGCAAGGAGGGGCUGCAGGCAUCAUGGGCAUGUCAAUGUCAGCUGGUGUUUUGUUUGCUCAGAAGGAGGCAGCUUGCUGUGCUGUGAGUCUUGUCCUGCCGCUUUUCACCGUGAGUGCCUGAACAUCGAGAUGCCUGCAGGAAAAUGGUACUGCAAUGACUGCAAGGCUGGGAAAAAGCCACGCUAUAAGGACAUAAUUUGGGUUAAAUUAGGUCGAUACAGGUGGUGGCCUGCUGAAGUCUGUCAUCCCAAAAAUGUUCCUACAAACAUCCAGAAAAUGAAGCAUGAGAUUGGUGAAUUCCCUGUCCGUUUCUUUGGCUCCAAUGACUACUUCUGGACAUACCAGGCACGAGUGUUCUCAUACAUGGAGGGAGACAAAGGAAGUAAAGAUAAAACGUGCAAGGGCCUCAAUAGCAUCUUUAAAAAAGCACUACAGGAAGCUGCAGAAAGAUUUGAGGAGCUGAAAGCUCAAAAAGAGACAAGACAAGCACAGGAAGAAAAACGGAAUGAAAAGAAGCCACCACCAUACAAACACAUCAAGGUGAACAAGGCAGUGGGUAAGGUUCAGAUCUUUACCGCUGAUCUCUCUGAGAUUUCACGAUGCAAUUGCAAGCCAACUGAUGAGAAUCCCUGUGGCCAAGACUCUGAAUGUUUGAACAGGAUGUUAAUGUACGAGUGCCAUCCAGCUGUCUGUCCUGCUGGAGAAAAAUGCCAGAACCAAUGCUUCACCAAACGGCAAUAUCCUGAAGUAGAAAUUUUAAAAACUCCAGGGCGAGGAUGGGGCUUAUGUUGUAAAGGUGACAUUAAGAAGGGACAAUUUGUGAAUGAGUAUGUGGGAGAGGUAAUAGAUGAAGAGGAGUGCUAUUCUCGAAUCAAGUAUGCACAGGAACAUGAUAUCUGCAACUUCUAUAUGCUCACUCUUGACAAGGACCGGAUCAUUGAUGCAGGCCCAAAAGGAAAUUAUUCGCGCUUUAUGAAUCACAGCUGCAAGCCAAACUGUGAAACACAGAAGUGGACAGUGAAUGGAGAUACUCGAGUUGGACUCUUUGCUUUGUGCGAGAUUCUUUCAGGUUCUGAGCUGACAUUUAACUACCACCUGGAGUGUCUGGGCACUGGAAAGACGGCAUGUAAAUGCGGAGCUCCAAACUGUAGUGGCUACCUAGGUGUACAACCAAAGAAUGCACCAACCUCUGCUGAUAUGAAGAAGAAACCACCAAUUCCAAGAAAACGCAAACAACAGUCUGAACUAGUAAAAGACCACGAAGAAGAGUGUUUCCGUUGUGGAGAUUCAGGACAAUUGGUAAUCUGUAAGAAACCAGGAUGUCCUAAAGUGUACCAUGCUGAUUGCCUGAACCUGAACAAACGUCCUGCUGGUAAAUGGGAGUGUCCGUGGCAUCAGUGUGAUGUGUGUGGGAAGGAGGCAAUUUCUUUCUGUGAGCUGUGCCCUAGUUCAUUCUGUAUGGAUCAUAGGGAAGGAGCACUCUUCAUCUCUAAGCUGGAUGGCCGACUCAGCUGUAAUGAACACGAUCCCUGUGGCCCAAUCCCUUUAGAACCUGGAGAAAUCAGGGAAAUCAUGCCAUCACCCAACAAACUGGUUUUACACGCCUUGCAACCUUUAGAUUCUACACUUAUUCGGUGAAUGGAGCAUCGUCUGUGUUGUGCAUUUGGCAGGGGCUUUGUUUAAAAAAAAGUAGAAAGUACUUUCAUUUGAAUAGAAAAUGGUUACUUGACCUGGAUGUGAAUGUGUGAGUGUACCACUAUAUGAUUGGAGUCAGCUGCAAGAUGCAUAAUAUCUGGGUGCUUGUGGGUUACUUGUAGUGAGCAAAGUGGACUUGAAGAGGUACAAUAUUUAAUUACAAGCUCAUGUUCCCAUUAUUUUCAGCACAAUAGUACAUUAGCACAUGCAUUCUUGAAUCUUGUAUGGGAUCCACAACUGCCAUGAACAGAUCCAUGCAGAAAUUUCAGUUAAACCUCCUGAAAGGCACUUUGUUAUUGAUGGUCCUUGGUGAACCUAAUUAGUGGUGGACUUUUAAUGUGACGUGCUAUGAUGCUCACUUAAAACAGGACCAGCAUGUUCAUCUAGCAUUGCUUCUGGGGUUGAAUGCUCGAUUUUAUUCCACAUUUCGAAGAAGCAGACACUCUUUUCAAUGAUUACCUUGAACUAAGUCCUUGUUCAUCAGUUACAUAAUAGUUGCUAAUCAUGGUAAAUCUUCAUUUAAAUUUAUAAGCAGUUCCCUGAGAUGCAUCUAUGAUUGAAUAUGACUCAUGUGAGGAGUGGGGAUAUACAAUGUGUUAGAAUGUUGCUACUUCAAUUGUUGAAUGUAAGUUUAAAUCCAGUCCAUCUCGCAGCUCGAUUGUGUGGGACGAGAAUCUGUUGUGCAUUAGAAUCCAAGCUUAAACGGUUCAUAUGCAACGAAUGAAGACCUGUUUCUACUUAACCUUUAGAGUUGCAUGAUGCAAAUCUAGGCACAUAAACUUCUCUAAAUUUGCAUCCAUUUCUGAUCUUAGCAGCUACAGGAAUAAUCUGUUGUCAAAUGUAAAAGCAAUCUUAAUACAAAAGUUUAAACACGUUUGCCAGUAAUGUGAAGCCUCAUUCAGAUGGGGGUACACAUACAUGUUAGAUCCGGAGAAAACUAUUUUUUUUAAUUGUUGAGUGGGAGAAUUAGCUAAGCAAUUAGAUUCUAACAGUCCUAUCAUCAAGACUGGAUUCUGUCCUGGGAAUCAGAGAAUCACCCGAGAUUAUUUGCCAGUUUACACAAGCUGUUGAGUUUCAGUGAGUUGCACUAACUCAGUCUGCUUCAGUGUCCAUAGAGCCAAGCCAGUAUGUUCAUUCACAAAUAAAAGAAUACUCACUAAA